UUCUUGACAUGUUUACCAUAUCAUCGAUACUAGGAUCAGUCUCGUGUUAUCAACGCAAGUUAUUUAACCAAUUACUACUGCAUUGAACCUCGCCGGUGAAAUAAUGUCAGACAAGGAAGCAAGACCGGAAAACGACUUGCCACUAGACGAAAAGGUUGUCGAGAGAGAGGUUGAGGUUCAGUCCACUACUACAUCCCAGGACAACGCUAUUCUCGAAGGAGCGGUUACCAAGACAUAUGCUCGCAAGGUCAAGAUCCUGAAUGAUGAGCUUGGACGCAUUGGUAUGGGAUGGUACCAGUGGAGACUCUUUAUUCUUGCUGGUAUAGGAUGGACUGCUGAUAACUUUUGGGCCACUCUCAACAGUCAAGCUGUUUACCAGGUUGGACUUGAAUACAAUGUUCCAACCACUCAAUUGCCAUGGGGAUCUAUGGGCCUGGCUAUUGGACUGUGUCUGGGUGCCAUUUUCUGGAGUGCUCUCAGUGACUUGAUUGGGCGUCGUUAUUCAUUCAACAUCACUUUGCUUAUCGGUGGUAUCGUUGCCUUGAUAGCCGCCGGAUCACCCACUUUCCCAGCAUACUGCGUUUUUGUCACCUUCAUUGGAUUUGGCAUGGGAGGUAACUUACCAAUCGACGGUGCUUUGUUCCUGGAAUUCCUUCCCGGUGAUUGGCAAUGGCUUCUUACUUUCUUAUCUGUGUGGUGGGCACUCGGUCAGCUUUUGGUCGUUUUACUCGCUUGGGCGUUUAUCAACAACUAUAGCUGCUUGAGCGCUGAUAAUUGUCCAACAGCAAGUAAUCUCGGAUGGAGAUACCUUUACUACAUAGUUGGUGGUAUUGCAUUGCUGAUGGCAGCCGCCCGGGUGGCCUUUAUGAAACUUAACGAAAGUCCAAAAUUCCUACUAGCUCAAGGCAAGGAUGAAGAUGUCGUAAAACUAGUACAUAUCAUUGCAAUUACCAACGGCAAGGAGUCUACUUUGACAGUGGAGGACUUUAACAAGAAUGGAGAAGUUGACAGCUCUGGUGGCGAAGAACUUGGUAACACCGUUACUAAGUCGGAGAAGGGAGGCAAUUUUCUCAAACGCUACUCAUUACAACAUAUCACGCCUUUAUUCGCAACUCGUAAGCUGGCCAUUAACAGUUCCUUAAUCAUCUUCAUUUGGUUUCUCAUUGGUCUCAGUUAUCCUCUAUUUGGCGCCUCACUUCCUCUCUGGCUUCGUCUACACAAUAUUGAUUCAACCGAGAGCAUUGAGCAAACCUUCCGAGAAUAUGUUGGCUAUGCUGUCCUGGGCAUACCUGGAUCUGCUAUCGGUGCAUAUUUGACUACUCUCAGGAUUGGCCGUAAAGGUGCCUUGGGUCUAACGACUAUUCUUACCGGUGUCUUUAUCUUUCUGUUUGCAACAGCAACAAACAAUUCUCAAAUUGUGGCGUUCAACGCCGUAACCAGUGUCACAAGUGGUGCAAUGUAUGGGAUUCUUUACGCUUACACUCCGGAAGUGUUUCCUGCUCCCCAUCGUGGUACUGGAAAUGGUUUGGCAGCAGCAGCUAACCGAAUUGGUGGUAUCAUUGCGUCUAUUAUUCCCAUGUCGUCGGCUGCUUCCUUUAACACAACUGUCCCAUUUUGGGUCUCAGCCUCCCUCUUCACGUUAUCUGGCAUUCUCGCCUUCUUCUUGCCAGUGGAGAGCAGAGGACGAACAUCUCUGUAGCUUAAUUAUCAUGUGUUAGUAGUCAUAUUUAAUUCAUUCGGUGUCGCAAGAAUAAAAAAAAGAAAUUUAAGAAACGAUAUUGCGCUAUGUUGAAA